GGAAAAUAGAUCUGCGUUUAUGUUCUCUUAAGUAAAAAGACGGGAAUACCUUCCCGUUUCAAGUUACAGAUUAGACUACUUUUAAUUUCAAUACCAGGAUUUCACUGCCUGAACCAAAUGAGCGCAUGUGCACAGCAAUAAAUUAGUUGUCUUAAUUGGCUGGUUUAUAAUCAUAUUCAUACAUAUUAGCUAGCAAUCAGAAGAGGUUUGUUAAGAGUCUCCUGUAGGUUAAUCUUUAGAUAAAAUGUGUUUUGCUAACAUCUACAUUGAUCUUCUGGUUGAUUAUGCACUUAGCCUUCGGUUAAGCCAAAAUGUUUAUUCUUAAUCCCACGAAGCGCUUCCACAUACGGCCAUAUCACAGCUUUCUCCAUCCGACAACCUUGGUUGUAGCUGCAUCAGCUUUUAAAGAAACGCAAUGACCCCCGGUGUUUGUUUACAGUAGGUUUGUGCAAAUUGCCCGAAUGAUUUUUUGCAACGAAUGUUUCUGCAACUGUUCUACCAGCAUAGUAGCUGAUAAGAUCGGAGAUUGAUGGAAAGUUUCUUGAUUCAAGCUAGUUUGAAUUGGUCUUGUUUGAAAGAGGCUCGCAUCCGAUUUGUUUUGCCUGAUGUGUUAUCUCCGGCAGUUCAGGAUUGCAUUCAGUUUCUUUAUAUCGUCGAUGCACCUUUGAUUGCCAGUGCUAUACGUUCUACAAUUGGCUUAGGCGAAGCAAAGUCUCUUAUAAAACUACCAGCAAAUUCUUAAAGGAUUUUGAAAUUUGCAUAAUAAUGAAAUCUGCAUGAUACGUGUUUGUAAACUAGCUUUCGUAAUUCAUUUUGUUAGAGAUCUUGAUCUGUUCGGGUCGCUAAAGACAUAACGAUUCAGCGGGCACAACUCGUGUGCUUUCAAGCUUUUUGCCGUCUCGCCAACAAACACACCUAGACUGCGUUCUCUUCUCGCAGAACUGCGCAACGAUUCGCUCAUACGAGGAUCUUGGCUUUCCACAGAUCCUGGGCAUAGGGCGACUGACAGAGCUUUCGUUUAAUCCAAAGCUGCGUUACCACGCUACAUUUACUUUGCAUCUGUUGAGUUUCGCAAGCAUCGAAAUACUCUUUGACUGGCAAUUUGGAACCGAAGGAAAACAAACGUGACGCAAAUGUGGUGGUGUAGCAUGUUUGAAGAGUUUUGAAAAACCUGUCUGGUCCGUGGUCGAAGCGUAAGGAGUUUUUUAACAAUGGUGCGGAGUUCUCUGCCCACAUUCUAUGGAUGUCGUUUCAAAAGCUGGAAUAACCCAAGGAACCAGCUGCAGUUCAGCUAGAAAGUACGGCAAAAGCAGUUUCAGAUUCGAUUCGACGUUUCAUCCUCUUGCACAUCAUUCUCACAUCUAAAAAUCAGAAUUUGACAAAAAAAAUCCUGCUUUCCAACCGACUGAGAUUUAUGCAAGUUUUCAAAGAAUGUGUUUGCUGCGUCGACAGUUUGAGUUGAACAAACAGCAGUUGAUACCAUUUGUGAAUUCAAGAACACUGAAACAGCCAAGUUGUUUGUUUAUGUUUGCAGCAGCUGCAUAAAGUCGAGAAAAGACCUAAAGAGCUACUUCGGAUCACAGGAAAAUAAAACAGCGAAUGGAUUUUCAUUGUUGUUUUAAAAAUCAAACUGCGCAAUGUAUUUGUGACCGUUUCAAAUCAUCUUCUAUGUGAUUGGAAAGCACUUUUCUCUAAUUUCAGUGCUCGUGAAAUAGACUUUGACGAGGUAAAAACAGAGACUACGUUUGAUCAAUAUUCGGAGGUUUUGGUGUCAGCAAGAUGGCUGCCACAAACACUAGAGGGCUAUUUUUACGUGCUCAGCGUCAUAUUAUGGAUAGAGAGUUGUCAAAAGACGAAAACGAAGAAGAACCAAGUCAACCUUACAGUUCUGCUGAUGAAUCGAAGGAAAGCUUGCUUCUACAGAAUUUCGGUAUGAAAUACGGACAUGCAUUUAAAGUCAAACCUAAAAAGACUGAGCCUGAGCAAAAAAAUGGUAAUACAGAACUUCCUCAAAGAAAAGUAUCACCGGAAAUUGAGACAAAUAAACCGGCUCAGGUAACAGUAAAUCCAGCUUUUAAGAACGUCGCUCUUGAUAGAUUUCGUAGAGCUGGUAUGAAAGCCCGGCUUGUUCGCCGUGUUAAUAAAAUUGUAGAGGACAGGCUGACUGCUAAGCAGAUAUUUGCAAGAUUUACGAAAGAGUCGACGCUUCAUGGCUUCCGAUUCAUUUUUACAAAAACAUUCUAUAUACGCCGUUUUAUAUGGUUUGUAAUCACAAUAACGAUGGCAGCCAUGUUUCUUAAGGAGCUUACAGACAGCAUCAACCUGUAUUUCCAGCAUCCAUUUUCUACAACAUCAACAAUUGAAUACGUGAAUCGUCUGACUUUCCCAGCAAUUAGUUUCUGUAAUCUUAACGAUUUUCGCUUCUCAAAAAUCAACGGCUCCGAUUUGCAGGAUGUGUUCAUGCAUGAGAAGGGAAAAUUUUACUUGCAUCGAAACAGUAGCUUUGAUUUAGAUGGAAAGAAACUUGGGGAACGACUUGAAGAUGCGUCACAUCGCAUCACAGACAUGUUCAUGAAGUGUGUUUGGCUAUUCAGUCAGACUGCAGCUGGUCAACCCGUGCCAUGCAACUAUACCAAUAUCACAACAUACUAUGGCCUGAAUGGUCAGACUUGCUACACAUUUAAUCCGGGUGACAGAGGACAUAGGCUGCUCACGUUAAACGAAACUGGAUUGUUUCAUGCGUUUGAGCUACAACUGGAUCUUGAAACGCAUGAGUAUUUGAAGGAUAUCCAGGAGGGUGGAGUUCGUGUUCAUAUUCAUGACCAAAAUGAAACUCCAUUCAGCUCAGCUGGUUUUGCUGUGCCCCCUGGUUUCAAGACGUUUGUGUCUCUCAACGUCCAAAAGAUCGAAAACUUGCCACCGCCAUACACAACUCAAUGUGGAUCGAAGAAACUGAAGUAUUACUCCAGCUACAAAAAGUCCAAAUGCUAUCUAGAAGAAUUGUCAAAAUUUGUCACCAAGAAAUGCAAAUGCAGAGGACGCUUUAUGCCAGAUGCUUCUUAUCCGCUCUGUUCUCUCAAGCAAACGGUUGAAUGCCUUCGACCCACUAUUCGUACAUUUGAUCACAGAGCUGGAGGCGCCUGCCCAGAGGACUGCCUUUCUACACAGUAUAAUGCACAGCUGUCUUAUGCUCGAUAUGUUUCGAGACCUCCUAUUGGAACUUCUGGAAUCACUAUACCAGAGAGAUUUCAGAAGGCAAACCUAACUAAUAGUCAACUAGAAGCUGUUAUUCGGGACAACAUUGUGUACCUCAUAUUCUUCUUUCCCGAGUUACGAGUGGAAAAUGUUAAGCAAACAGUAACAUAUGACUUUUAUAAAUUAGUUGGUGAUGUCGGGGGACAACUGGGCCUGAUGCUUGGUGCCAGUGUGCUGACGCUCGUAGAAUUCAUCGAUUUGAUUGCAUUUAUAAUUUAUCAUCAAAUCCUCCGCCUGACGAGGUUGAAGAAAAAAAAGAAAGAGGAAACAGAACAACUAAAGUUGAGAGAAAUGAAUGGAAACGGUGCUCGCGAAGGGCGGUUUAUCAAUUUUUGAAAUUCCGAUUGUCGGUGUGGCAAGGGAAUGCUGUUGAAGGGAAAUGUCUCCUCGCCUUUUUAUAAUUAAAUGAGAUUGCGAAGGGUUGAAAAGAAAUUUCACCUGUAAGCCUUCUCUUAGCUAAUUCUGUACGUCAUAAUUCAUUUUGAGAAAGAAUUUUACGAAGAAAGGAUGUGCAAAGCAUGACGUCAUGUCGACUAGACAUUGCUUGUAAACAAAAUUUGGAUUUCAGUUCAAAGAUGAAGCUGUUUUCGAAAUAAAUGGAGGUUUUUCUGCACUAAGCGAUGCUUGUUUGGAUGCUAAAGAAAAAACGUGCAGAGAUAACUUGACUGAAAGAGCAUCCUUAUUCAGAAGCUUGGAAAAUUUUGAAAAAUAUUUUUCAAAAUGACGUCACAUUCUAUGAUUUUCACGAACAGCUGGAGGAGUUGCCAAAACUCGAGAACUAUUUUAGAUUAGAAUAAACAAAGUCAAUAGACUUUCGGACUCUGCAACUUUUUGCUGUGGGCAGGGUCUGGUUGUGUAGCAGGUUAUAUUUGUAGAUGAUGCAUUUAAGCAUAGGAGCUUGCUAUAGAAAAGCUUCGACUGACUGGGUUUUUAGUCAGUACCUUUUCUUCAUCUCUAGGGUCAUGUUGUCACUAUGUUAAUAGGUUGACCGAGUAGAAGAAUUCUGUUAGUAUCUCUGUCUAAUGGAAGAAACGACAACAAAAGCAUACGUCAGCGGACAAAUGCUAAGAUUUGGAACCCCUUACGUCAAGCAAUUUCUUAAAGUGACAACUAUUAACCCCUCGACAAGAAAAACCCACUAUUGGCUUGAAUUUUUUAGAUAAUUUUGCUUGAUUUUUUAUUGUGUAAGAGCACUGAAUUAUGUCGAGGUUUUGCGAGUAUCUGAGUGUGAUGUAUAGAAAAAUAAAAUGUUACUUAUGCAAUAAAAACUAGUGAAAAGUUUUUUGAAAUUGAGCUCAGUCUGUAAAUGUUACAAGUAUGUGAUCUAGGUCUUCUCAUUUUUUAUUUAUUAGAUGAUUUUUUUUCUUA